CAGGGGAAAUCCUAAAUUGCAAUUAAGAAAAUGUUUGCAAAACACAUACAAAAGUGCCAAAGGCGAUUUAUUUCACAGCAUUUGACUAUACACUCAACGAACUCAAAAUCGCCUAUCAAUUUUCACGUGGACUUGCUCAAAGUCCCAUCUAACUUUGGAUACUACUCGGGUCGAGUAAACAGACCGUAUAACGAAGAUCGAUGGCAAGCUUCAGUACUAGACUUGCAACCUGAAGCGUUGCGUGCGGUUGAUCCCUUCCAGGGUUCCUCAAAGCAAGAGAAUGACACUUUUAGUGAGGAAAAGAUACUUGACGCAUUUCAUGGUUAUGAUUUUGACAAUUUGAAGCUUUUGAAACAAACAAGCCGCACAAGUGAACCUACGUAUGAGAAAAGCUCCCCACCCAUCAAUAGGACAGUAUUCUCGUUUGGAGUUUUCGAUGGACAUGGAGGCACCGAAUGCUCUACCUAUUUAAAAGAUCAUCUUUUUGAAAAUAUAGAAAACAUUAACAUUAGUGAAAAGGCUAUAGAAGAUAUGAAAAAAUUCUAUAGAUCCAAAAUAAAUGGAUACUGGAAAAGAUGGGGUCGCAAAAUUGGCGAUGUUGUGUAUCGGAAGACACGGGCACAGACAGCAGUAGAAAAGGAGAAGGGCCCAAAACAGAUACGAGUAGAUGAACAAGACAACGAGGAAGAAGAAGACAAUUUUAUAGAUUGGGAAGAAUUCAGGAGUGGUAAGAAGCUAUGGACCGUCAUUGAGAUGAUGCUUAAUGAUAACAAAUUGACGCAUUGGGAAAUCUUCAAGCUCAGACUUUGGCUGGGAUAUUUAUUUACGGAUUUGCAGUUCUUGACAUGGGAGAAUGAAGCAAAUAAGGAGAAAAAAACAAGUACAAAGACGAACGAAUCUGACGCCGUGCAAUACCGACUCGUUAACAGUGGAAGCACUUGCACAUCUUGUUUUACAUACGCUGUUGAUUGGGAGGAGAACGAUACCAAUCAUUAUUUUUAUCAAGACAACGUGGUCUCGAGGUUAGUGGUUGCACACGUUGGAGACACAAGAGCCAUUAUAUGUGAUAAAUAUGGUCUUGCCCACAGUUUGACAAAGGACCAUCAUCCGUCGAAUCCUAUUGAGGCCAGCCGACUGAGAAGAUUUAGCGCUGGCAUGAUAAUGACUGACUCGUUUGGGGAAGAGAGGUUUCUCAACUUUGCCAAUACUAGGUCCUUCGGAGACCUAACUGCCAAAGACAUAGGGAUAACAUCCGAACCUGAGAUCAGCGAAUAUCUGAUAGGUAAUUCCCGGAUGAUUGAAAAGUUUAAGGAGAACUCCAAAAACAAGCAGAGCUUGAAAGACAACGAUGUACAAGAUUUUGGGGGAGAGGAAUCGUUUGUCGUCCUUGUUAGUGACGGUGUUACCAACAACCUAUCUGACCAAGAGAUUGUCGAUUUAAUAAAGACAAAUUUUAACAACCGAGGAGUGAAUAGGGGCAACCCAUCAAAGGGCGCCGAAGAAGUGGUGGGCUUUGUCGAGUGUAUUGGUGGUGACGACAAUGCUACAUGUCUUGUUAUUCGACUUGGAGGCUGGGGAAAGUGGCCAAUCGAGGACCGCACUGGUAAGUUGAGGGAGGAGCGUAUGAUGGAUACACGUUACAAUAGAUAGUUGAGGACAUAUAUGAUUACAUUAAACGUAGAUAUAAAUAGACCAUUUCAAUUUCAAUAUAUGAUUAUAUAUACAAGCAGGG